CGCUUCUCUAGGUUUAGUCCGUGACGUAAAACGAGCGACCAAAUCUCGCGACACUAGUACAGAGUCUAAGAACAAACUGUACGAGAAGCGGUGCCUACAGUGUAGGCCUUAAUUCGAGGGGUUGUUUGCCAUGUCCGACCCCGUGCGACGAGCAAAGUCCCCCAGAGAGGAGGGAGAACUGGAGGACGGAGAAAUAAGUGAUGACAGCGUUAGACCCGACAGCCCUUUACCAGUCAGGCACAGACCGAGCAUUGUUGGCUACUCUCACCAACACCGGCCCCGCCCGCAGAGGCUGCAUCACGGCUAUAGGCCCAAGGAGCAGUACCGGCCCCCGCUCCGUGCUCAACAGCAGCAGCAAGGAGACAGCAACCAAAGGCUUUCGUUUUGGGAACGCAGCCACGAUACAUUGGAUCGUUUCCGCUCCCGGGGCUGGGCAGGUCGUGCCCGAGGUGGACGGUUCUGGCAUGGGGGUUGGAGAGACAGAGUGGCCAAGCCUAGUGGGCAAAGGCCGAGUAGCAGUUCUGCCCGGGGAGAUCCGUUUCCGAGAAAGCCUAAAAGUACCGUAAGAUCACCUAAUAGGAAACCAGGUCAUGUAUCCAGAAAUGAGAAUGCUGGAGAGGAAAGCUUUGAGGAUCUCUUACUAAAAUACAAACAGAUAAAACUUGAACUUGAAUCAAUUAAGAAAGAUGAGACGCUAGCUUUGAGUUUAAAAGAAGACCAUGUUAAAGGGCAGCACAAUGUGAUAGAAAACACUGUGGAGCUUCCAGUGCAUGUAGAGAAAAGUACUGCUGGAAAUUCCGAAGCCAUAACUCCUAAAGAUUAUAAACCCCCAGCGAAAACUUAUCAGGCCUUUGGAAUCAAAGCUUUUGGGCAAAAACUGAAACCUGUUACGGAGCAAAAGAAACAAAAAGUUGUCGAAGAAGACACAGUUGAGACUGAAAUCACAAAUGAUGUCACAAAACCCAAUCAAGAUUCUUCUGCUGUGGAACUAACGGUUUCCUGUGAAAGCAACAUUCCAAAAGAACCAAAGAAGCCUGUGGAGCAGGAGGAAGAGUUAUCAGAGCUCCAUUUAAGAUUACUUGCUUUACAGUCUGCAAGUAAAAAAUGGCAACAGAAAGAACAAGUGGUUAUGAAAGAAAGCAAAGAGAAGCUUACAAAGCCCAAAACAGAAAUUCAAAAAGAUAAGAGUGUACCAAAUUCUAUAGCAAAGAAAAUUAACAGUCCAGGUUAUGCAGCUAAACAGGAGAUUCGAAGGCAGAAGACGAAAGCAUGGAAAAAGUUGCAACAACAGAAAGAUGAAGAGCGACGCAGAGUGGAAGAAGAGGAAAGAAAAAAGCAAGCUGAGGAAGAGGAACGUAAAAAGAGAGAAGAGGAGAUUCGAAAGAUUCGAGAUUUGUCAAAUCAAGAGGAACAGUAUAACCGUUUCAUGAAGCUUGUAGGAGGCAAAGCCCGACGUAGCAAGUCUUUAGAUAAAGACCAAAGGCGACCUGAUAAACCAUGUGCAGAGAGUGCUGGAGGAAUCUACCAGUAUGAUAACUAUGAGGAAGUUGCAAUGGACACUGACAGCGAAACAAAUUCCCCAGACUCAUCACCUGGACGACUUCCAUAUGCUAGUGAUCAUGUUAUUGGAUAUGUCCCAUCAGUAUUGUGUCUAACUGAAAAAAUUCCUUCUGGAAUAUUGCCUCAUGAGUCAAAGAGCACAUUUCAGGAAGGUGCUAUUAUUAGUGGAUCUUCUGAAAUAUCUGUACCACCACCUCCACUCCCAGCAGAAGAACCAGAGCAGCCCCCAAAACCUCCUUUUGCAGAUGAAGAAGAGGAAGAAGAAAUGAUGCUACGUGAAGAGCUAAUCAAGUCUUUAGAAACUAAAAGGACUUACAAACCAGAGGAACCUACUGGCAACAGCCAGCCUUCUUCACCAACUUUUCUCAACAAUAUUAUGCCUGUGCCAAGGAUCACACUAACAUCCACUAGUAUUAACAUUGCCUCUCAUCACCGUAAAACAACAACUCAGAUAGUCCGAGUUCUGAGACCAAUUAGACGUGCAAUAAAGCUUCCAAAACACAAAUCAGUAGUUGUGACACUAAAUGCUUCAGAUGACAGUGAAUCCGAUGGAGAAUCUAUCGGCACAAAUCAGAGUGUUUUUGGAGGACUUGAGUUCAUGAUCAAAGAAGCAAGAAGAACGGCAGAGGCUUCCAUGCCAAAAGCACAAUCAAAAUCUGAAAAAGAAAAUGACCCCAUGAGGACACCAGAUGCUCUACCUGAUGAAAAAAAGAUAGAAUAUAGACUACUAAAAGAAGAGAUUGCCAGUCGAGAGAAACAGAAACUGUUAAAAUUUGAACAGUCCAAAGGGUCUUUAUCUCCAUCUGACUCUGACAUGGAAGUAGAAGGGAGUAGAAAACCAGUAGUUAAUCCAAAGAUCUUGGAAGCUGAAGCAAAACAUAAGAGACAUAUGAUGCUCUUACUGAAAGAUGAGUCUGUCCUUAAGCAUCUCUUGCAGCAAGAGGUUAAGAAAAACGAAUCUAUUAAAACAGCAGAGCUUAAGGUUACCAGACUUACCGAGCAGAUGCAAGUAACUGAAAAGUUCCUUAAUGCAAAUCGAAUGUUUCUUAAGAAUCUUCAAGAGCAGAUUACCAGAGUUCAGCUCAGAGUUCAGGAAAAGAAGACCCUUGCUUUGAAAUACAGUGAGGAACUUGCUCGUACAAAGGCACUGAUUAGUCAAGAAAUAGGAAAGCGAAAGCUGGAGCAAAAAACAUCUGGCGUAAAUAAAAUCUUCAAAAAUACCCUAACCAACAGUCCUGGUAGGCAGUCUGCAGAGGCAAUUGCUAAAGAAAAAAAGCGCUUGCAGCUACUGGAGCAGGAAUAUGCCCUCAAGAUUCAAAAACUGAAAGGAAUGCAGUCCCAGAAAUUAAAAGAGCAGCCCAUUCACCACCAUCCUGUGAUAGAAGAAACACCUGAAUUUGUUAUUCCACAGCCUUCGCUUCUUGACCUUUCACAGGACAAAAUAACCCUUGGUGCAGAGGAAAAUGAUGCAGAGGAUGAAGACUUGACUGUGUGUGUUAAAGAGAGGAGAAGGUCAUUUAGAGACAACGCUUUUACAAAACCAAACCUGAGGCAUACCGAUCAUACUCCCAAUAAGGACAGCUCAAAUAAACCUUCCAUAAUAAAUUCAGACAGUUCAGAACUUUUCUUAGGAUUGAAAAUUGAGGAGUUGAGAAGCCUUUACUCCGACACCAAUAACUUGGAAGAACUGCUUUUAGAGUCCAGCAAGCUAAUGUUGCCUCAGGAAAAGUGUGCUUCAGGGAAGGAAAUACCUGUUGAUGUGGAUAUAUUUCCUGCAAAGCAGACAGACACUCGGCCGUUGCCAUUUGAACCGUAUAAAAGUCCCCUUCUUGUGUUUAAAUCCUACAGAUUCAGUCCAUAUUUUCGAACAAAAGAAAAGCUGCUUCUAAGCUCAGUAUCCCACAGUAAUAUGAUUGAGCCCAAAACUUUUUUUUGUCAUUUUGAUCUAACCGGCACAUGUAAUGACGAUGAUUGUCCAUGGCAACAUAUGCGGGAUUGUACCCUCAGCAGAAAGCAACUUUUUCAAGACAUCCUCUCAUAUAACCUAGACCUGAUUGGAUGCUCUGAGAAAAGUACAGAUGAAGAAAUUGAAGUUGCUUCUGAGAAAUAUGUUGACAAAGUUUUUGGUGUUAAUUGGGAUCGAAUGUCAAUGGACCAAAUGUCUGUUCUUCUUGUUAGUUAUGUCAAUGAAAGCAACAAGCACAUGCCACCUCAUACCACCUAUAAAGAAAAACGAAAAUGGAGGCCAGUGUACUGGAGAAAACCGAUUUCAGACAGUAACAGCAGCGAUGAGGAGGAGAAGACCAUAAAAGCAGAUAGUUCUGCGCAUUCAUCAAAUUUCAAAACCAGGGUGCUCCCUGAAGAUGCUGUUGUCACUCCAGACGAUGUUAGGUAUUUCACUAAUGAGACAGAUAACAUUAUCAACCUGGAAGCAAGUGUGCUGGAAAAUCCUCAGGAUAUCCAGCUUUGGAUCAAGCUGGCAUACAAAUGCUUGCACCAGAGUGAAAGCUCUCCUUCAGAGUGUUUAGACUCCUCAUUAAAUGUGCUAUCUCGUGCGCUAGAACAUAACAGAGAAAAUUCAGAGAUUUGGCGUCAUUACCUUAAGCUGUUCUCUAAAAGGGGUUCUAGAGAAGAAGUGCAAGAGAUGUGUGAAACUGCUGUUGAAUAUGCUUCCUCAUAUGACAUUUGGUGGACUUAUUUAAAUUUGGAAAAUUCCUUUGAUGGGAAGGAUUCUGUAUGCAGCAGAACACUGCAGUACCUGAUGGACAGGGUAGAGGAGGAGAAAAAGUCAGAUCUUCUUUCUUUGCAGCUUUUAGAGACAUUGCUGUAUCGGGUACAUCUAAGUCUGAUCACAGGAAGGCUGCAAAAUGCACUUGCUCUUUUUCAGAAUGCUUUAAAGUGUGCUAACAAGAAGAGUAUAGCAGAUCACCUUACCCUGCAGGAUCGCUGCUUAGCAUGGCUUUCUUACAUUCACCUUAUGGAGUUCAGUAGUCUACCUGCUAAAUUCCAUGAACCAACAAAUACAAAUCCCUCAAGAAUAGUUAACAAGGAACCAUUUUUAAUACCUUGGCUGAAUUCCCAAAGUGUGACGACUGAUCCUGCCAUGCUGCUUGCUGUUUUUGAAGCUGCCGUGUCAUCUUGCUGUGAUGAGAAUUUGACAGCUGAGGAUGCAAUAGAAAUUGGUCUACCUCUUUAUAAGAAUAUGAUUAAGUUAUAUCUUUUGCUGAACAGACCCGAUGAAGCAGUUGAGCUAUGUAUGCAGCUGCUGCAGUCUUCUAUGGCUAACUGUGACAUAUUGGAAGCUUUGUGCUCUGUGUACCUAAAGAUGGCACAACCUGAGAAAGCCAUGGAUGUCUGGAUCUCUGCGUUCAGAAAUAACAUACAGAAUCCUAAGAUUUUCUACUAUACAUGCAAGUUCUUAGUUUCACAUAAUCAUAUAGACCAAAUUCCUUCCAUCAUGAAAGAUUUUGUCUUGUCAUUCUUUGAUACUUUUGAUGAGGAACAUAGCCCUACAGACCUUCUGAGAUACCUUCUAAGUUUUUCAGUACCUCUAAAUUUCAAAGCUCCAGCCAUAAAGGAAUCUUUUAAUGUGUCGGCUCUGCAAAUGCCAUACAUGUGGCUUGUGUUUUGUUUAUGGCAGACUAUUAGUUCGAGCACUGCAGAGAGUGUAGAAGCUUAUGAGGCAGCACUGGGAGCUGUAAUGCAACAGGAGGUGCUGCAAAGACUUUGGAUGGAUUAUCUUGUUUUUACUAACAGAAAAAUUGUGGGAGCCAAAAGUAAGGUUCAAGAAGCUAAACAUUUUUCGGAUUUAGUUAACAGAUGUCUGAUGACUGUUCCUAUAAGGCAUCUCAUUCCUUUUAGCACAUCCGAUUACUGGACCAACUAUGAGUUUCAUAAUUCGGUUAUUUACUUUUACUUGAGUUGUAUCCCAAAGGCGCAGCAUUCAAAAAUUUUGGAACAACUUUUAACCAUGAUGCCUUCAAAUCUUGGACUUGCACUCAGGGUUCUAAAACAGGAAUUGGAGGAGAACAAUAAUCAGAAUGUGAACAUGCAAUCCAAGAUGUUUACAUAUAAUUUCCCAAUGUGCCUGCCCAUCUGGAAAAUAGCCAUUGCAGUGGAAACUUUUCAAAAAGGACAUAAAGAGGUCCACCAUCUUUAUCAAAGAGCCCUGCAGAAGAUGCCUCUGUGUGCUGCCCUGUGGAAAGAUCAACUCUUGUUUGAAGCAUCAGGAGGAGGUAAAACAGAUAACCUGAGAAAACUAGUUUCCAAGUGCCAAGAGGUUGGAGUCAGCCUAGAUGAGCUCUUAAAUAUAAACACAGAAAGCAGGAGUCGCUGAACACUGGGUGCAGUCAGGCCAAAGUCUUAUUUUUAAAUGCCAGAUUGAUAAGGAUUAGCAUUUAAGUGUUUGCAAGGCAAUUCUGCUGCGGUUCAAGCCUGUUUUGGUAGCCCAGAAAAUGUAUACUUCCACUAUCAAACUGGAGAAAUGAAUUCGGCCUGCUUCUAGGCCCAACAAGAUUCUCUAUACAUCAUUUACGUAAGUAUAGUUCAUCAGUGACUGCUGUUUUAUUGUUUCUGUCUGUGUUUAUUCUCCUCCCUACCCUAUCCAUUUAUUUUGCAAAACCCUCUUUGUUGUGCUGUUUCUAACUUACUUGACUCUCUCACUGAUGCCUAUUAGACCUCAUGUCUGGUAAUAAUUACAGAGGCUGCUGUUUACACCACAAAAGCAAUCGGUCUCUCAUUCAAAAUCAUUCACGAUUUGGUCAGUUCACAUUUAAAAAAGAAUGAGGGUGGGAUAUUCAAGAUACAUAUAUUGGUGUAGUUAAAGUAAAGAGCAGCAGGUGGUACGGGAAACCUCUCUGCUAAGGCCGUCAGUCUGCUAAUUGCACUUGAGGGUUGUUUCUUUUUUUCUAUUUAUUUUAUUAUGUUUCCCAUUUCUACAUUUUGGACUCCGCUGAGACUGUUAAACUUGAAGAUAUUGCAAAUGCCAGUGCAUCAGAACUGAAGAGUGGUCAAUUACAAUGUGCAAUUAUUUUCUUUGUGAAGUUUUAUUUAUAAUAAAGUUUAACAGUUUAAAGUACA